AUGAGAGAUUUCACUGCAAGCCUUCGCCCUGCCCAACCAGAUGGACCGACUAUGCUCAGUCAAGAGCGAAUGCGGUCUGGCAUAAAUUCGGAGCAGCUGGCACAACACUUGCUGGCUAAAAAUGGAUUCCUCGAACGACAAAAGAAAAUACUCGACGUCCUCAGUAAGCACUCGAUCUUUAUCAAACAAAACCAACUCAAUCUCGCUCGACCGGACCGUUACUAUCUAGCACUUGCGCGAGCUAAACAGAUUCGCCGCUUGGUUGCCGAACACAAAUGGGAUAGGCUCGACGUGGAAAUGGCCGAGUACCUAGUCGAUGAAAUGAGCCCUUUCGCACUGAACUCGACCAUGUUCCUAAAGUCCAUGCAGCAGCAGUGUAACGAGCAACAGCGUGCAUGUUGGCUUCCAAAGAUCAAUUCAUUUGACGUCCUCGGCUGCUAUGCGCAAACAGAGCUAGGGCAUGGCAGCAAUGUCAAAGGUCUAGAGUGUGAAGCAAGAUGGGACCAACAGACCAAGACCUUCGUCAUUCACAGUCCAACACUGACGGCCUCGAAGUGGUGGAAUGGCUCUUUGGGGAGAACUGCAAACCAUGCGGUAGUCGUGGCGCAAUUGCUACUACCCUCAGGCGCUGGAUUCAAGAGCUACGGGCCACACCAGUUCAUUGUUCAGAUACGCGACAUGAAGACUCAUCAGCCUCUGGACGGUAUCGUCAUUGGUGACAUUGGCCCCAAGUACGGCUAUGCUACUAUGGACAACGGCUACAUGCUUUUCCAGCACCAUCGAGUGCCUCACAGUGCUCUAUUAUCAAAGUAUACGCAGGUCGACCCUAAUACUGGCACGUAUACUAAGCCACAAGUCCAACAAGUGGUCUAUGGGACCAUGACCGCAAUCAGGGCGGACAUUGUGGAGCAUGCCAGACUUAUCCUAGCUCGCGCCGUCACCAUCGCGAUCCGUUACACCUCGAUACGGAGACAGUUCAAAGAUCGAGAUGAGUCCAACCCCUCGGCGCCAGAGCUAGUCGUCCUGGACUACCCAACGGUUCAAAUGCGACUGUUCCCCCUUCUGGCGACGACCUUUGCCUUGCACUACACCGGACUAGCGAUGAGGACCUUAUACGAAAGCAACCAGGAGACCAUCAGUCGCAAUGACUUCUCAGCGUUGGCGGAGACCCACGCGUUGUCCUCCGGUCUUAAGGCUCUUUGCACCAUGCUCGCAGCAGACGGCAUAGAAACCAGUCGCCGCGCUCUUGGAGGACAUGGUUUCGGUGGAGGCAGCGGCAUGAUUCCACUAAACAGUGAUUAUUUGUCGAAACCCACCGUUGAGGGCGACAACUAUAUGAUCACCCAACAGACUGCAAGCUACCUGAUCAAGGCCAUGGAGAGAGCCAAGAGACAGCCUUCCGCACAGUGCGAUGCUACGCAGCAGAUGUAUCAAGAAUAUCUGUCUGGCCGAGCAAAAGCACCCCUCAAACUUCUAGGCGGCGACGACGACGACGCCGCAAUUGUGAGGGUAUUUGAACUCCGAGCUUGUGUGGUAGGACAUCAAGUGUACCAGGCAAAGGUGGAAAACGGCCGCGGCUGGACAAGUCUCAUGGUUGAGCUCCACGAGCUUAGCAUUAUUCACUCGGAAAUGUUGCUGGUGCGCAAUUAUUUCACAGCGCUCCAAACCCGAUCGGGGCCUCCUUUGUCAGAUAAGACCUGGGAUGUGAUGCGGCUGAUGUUCAAGCUCUUCUCUCUGAAAACAAUCCUGACCCGGCCAACCGAGUUUUUGGCAUCAGGAUUGAUUACCGUUGACGAAAUGGCCAGGUUAAAGGAUGAGGUCGCCUACAUCAUGGCCAAGUUACGACCACAUGCGGUCAGCCUCGUUGAUGCAUGGAAAAUUCCGGAUUAUCUCCUCCAAAGUGCUCUGGGCAGUUAUGAUGGCGACGUCUACAACCGCCUGUUCAAGCAGGCCCACGAGAUGAAUCCACUCAACAAGCUCACUUUCAAUACAGAUUGGAGAAGCGAGGAAGUGGUGCUUGGAGAGGGAGUGCAGGCAUCUCAAAGGAAAAUAGAGGAAUUGGUCUGGGGAAAUGUGUCACCUGCCAGCAGGUCCAAUCUUUCGAGACUCUGA